GCGUCCCAUCCGGCCCUCGCAACGUCAUCUCCAUCGUCAACGAGACGUCCAUCAUCCUGGAGUGGCACCCGCCGCGGGAGACGGGAGGUCGGGAUGACGUCACCUACAACAUCGUCUGCAAGAAGUGCCGGUCGGACCGCCGCGCCUGCUCCCGCUGCGAUGACAACGUGGACUUUGUCCCCAGGCAGCUGGGGCUGACGGAGACCCGGGUCUUCAUCAGCAACCUGUGGGCUCACACCCCCUACACCUUCGAGAUCCAGGCUGUCAACGGGGUUUCCAACAAAAGCCCCUUCCCACCGCAGCACGUCUCUGUCAACAUCACCACCAACCAAGCCGCACCUUCCACCGUCCCCAUCAUGCACCAGGUGAGCGCCACGAUGAGGAGCAUCACGCUGUCAUGGCCCCAGCCCGAGCAGCCCAACGGCAUCAUCCUGGACUAUGAGAUCCGCUACUACGAGAAGUUGAGCCGCAUCUGCACGCCCGACGUCAGCAGCACCGUGGGCUCCAGGCCGGCAGCGGACCACAACGAGUACAACUCCUCCAUGGCCCGCAGCCAGACCAACACGGCCAGGAUCGAGGGGCUGCGGCCCGGCAUGGUGUACGUGGUGCAGGUGCGAGCCCGCACCGUGGCCGGCUACGGCAAGUACAGCGGGAAGAUGUGCUUCCAGACGCUGACGGGAGAUGACUACAAGUCGGAGCUGAGAGAGCAGCUGCCUUUGAUCGCGGGGUCUGCAGCAGCCGGGGUGGUCUUCAUCGUCUCGCUGGUGGCCAUUUCCAUUGUCUGCAGCAGGAAGCGUGCCUACAGCAAGGAGGCCGUGUACAGCGAUAAAUUACAGCACUACAGCACCGGGCGAGGAUCUCCAGGGAUGAAGAUCUACAUCGACCCCUUCACUUACGAAGACCCCAAUGAGGCGGUCCGAGAGUUCGCCAAGGAGAUCGAUGUAUCCUUUGUGAAGAUCGAAGAGGUCAUUGGAGCAGGGGAGUUUGGAGAAGUGUAUAAAGGACGCCUGAAGUUACCCAGCAAGCGGGAGAUCUACGUGGCCAUCAAAACGCUCAAAGCCGGCUACUCCGAGAAGCAGCGGCGGGAUUUCCUGAGCGAGGCCAGCAUCAUGGGGCAGUUCGACCACCCCAACAUCAUUCGGCUGGAAGGGGUGGUGACCAAAAGCCGGCCGGUCAUGAUCAUCACGGAGUUCAUGGAGAACGGGGCCUUGGACUCGUUCCUGCGGCAAAACGAUGGGCAGUUCACAGUGAUCCAGCUGGUGGGCAUGCUCAGAGGGAUCGCCGCAGGCAUGAAGUACCUUGCAGAGAUGAAUUACGUGCACCGCGAUCUGGCUGCCAGGAACAUCCUGGUCAACAGCAACCUGGUGUGCAAAGUGUCGGACUUCGGCCUCUCGCGCUACUUGCAGGAUGAUACAUCCGACCCCACCUACACCAGCUCCUUGGGGGGGAAGAUCCCCGUGAGGUGGACGGCGCCGGAGGCCAUCGCUUACCGCAAGUUCACCUCGGCCAGUGACGUCGGGAGCUACGGCAUCGUCAUGUGGGAGGUGAUGUCGUUCGGGGAGAGGCCUUACUGGGACAUGUCCAACCAAGAU